AUGGCGACAGACUACCCUGAAUACAUGGAUUCGCAUACCGUUACACAGAUUGUACGGGUUACGGUGGCAGAAGAGUCAAACGAUGCCAAGUGGAACUGCAGUGAUGAAGAGCCGUACACAUACGACUACUACGCAGCUAUAAACAGGCCGGAAAUUUUGAUACUGAUGUUGGGUAUAAUGAGUUUACUGUGUGUUCUAACAAUCGGAAUUUUUGCUGACAACCUGAGAUAUAUACACAAACACUUACCAAUACCAAGUCGAAGGACUCGAGUCACUUGGAUCAUCGGCACAUUUCCGGUGAUUUCUUUUACUUCUUUGAUAGCACUUUACAUACCACGUGCUUGGUUCAUUUGUUUGAUCCACGCAUCACUUUAUUUAUCAUUAUCCCUCUACCAGUUUAUGCUUUUGAUCAUUGACUAUUACGGAGGGAGGCAUGCCGCAGUAAAGAUACACGAGGGAAAGACGUUCAGUUUGGCAAUACCACCAUAUGCUUGCUGUUGCUGCUGUCUACCCAGGAUAUCUUUAAACCAUCGUAAUUUGAGGUGGAUCAAACGAGGGGUAAUGCAGGUGGCGCUGCUUCGACCCAUUGAACUCUUUGUUUCCGCCGUGCUGUGGACAGAUGGAAGAUACUCACCCGGCAACAUCUCGUCGCGUGGUGGCAUCUAUACCACCCUCAACCUGAUUACCAUAGUAUCUACAGUGAUCGCAAUCAUUGCACUCAACCUCAUGUAUCGGAUUUCCAAAGAUGUCUUGAAAGAUUUCAAUAUCACGCCCAAGUUUCUGAUAAUGCAAUUGACGCUGCUGUUGACCAAUGUCCAGCACAUGAUACUAAGCAUAAUCGUGUCUUUAGAUGUCAUGACGUGCGAACUACCAAUGUCAACGUACACGAAAUCAAACAUGUUAUAUAACUUUCUAAUCGUCGUAGAGAUGUUCAUCAUCGUAUUUGUGGCAAGAAUGUUGUAUCGGCGGAAGGCCGGCAACCUACAUCAGCUUCUUAUCGUGGAAAAACAGCUUCUAGACAAAAAGGGCGAGCCCAUAACUAGCAAUAUAAAGGUGGUGUGGAACGAAAAAAAAGAGGAGGUUUCUGUGACCCUCGAACGUGAAAACGGUGAAGCGAUUGGCACGGAAAUGACAACAUUUCGACCUAUGUUGCAUUCUUCGAACAUAGCCGAAGAUGAUGAAGAACUAAGCAUUGGUGAACAGAUUUCUUCGUCGUCGUCAAACGAGACCUUACCGGAAGUAGUAGUAGUAAGUCAGCAACCUAUGAGCGUGAAACUGGACAGUGAUGACCUCACCGCUGAGGAAAGAGUCUGA